AAUAGACUUCUGAAUCCCCAAGUUCCUGUCAAAAUAUCACCAAAAUAGGUUCGAAUAUGGCCAAGGUUCGCCAGGCAACACAUGCUGGAAGUUGGUAUUCUGGUGAUGGAGGAGAAUUAAACUCUCAACUCACAAAGUGGCUGUCAAAGGCUCCUGUGUGCCAAGCUCCUGCCCGAGCCAUCAUAGCCCCCCAUGCUGGUUACUACUACUGUGGAGCGUGUGGUGCCCAUGCCUACAAACAGAUGGAUCCAUCCCGUGUGCGUCGUGUGUUUAUUCUCGGGCCGUCCCAUCAUGUGCGUCUGUCUGGAUGUGCGCUGACAGCCACAGAGAUUUAUUCAACCCCUCUGUACGACCUCACAGUGGACCAGCAAAUUAACCAAGAACUCAACGCAACUGGGAAAUUUGAAACCAUGAAGAUUUCUACAGAUGAGGAUGAACACAGUAUAGAAAUGCAUUUACCUUACAUAGCCAAAGUUAUGGAAGCCCGACAAGGACAGUUCACUAUCAUUCCGGUUCUGGUUGGAUCUCUGACGACAGAGAAAGAACAGGAAUAUGGGGCCCUGUUCAGCAGAUAUCUGGCAGAUCCAACCAAUUUCUUUGUGAUAUCUUCAGACUUUUGUCAUUGGGGUCAGAGGUUCCAUUUUGUUUCGUACGACCAGCAACACGGGGAAAUUUGGGAAUCCAUCAAGGCUUUAGAUAGCAUGGGUAUGGAGGUAAUAGAAAAGAUGGAUGCUGAAAAGUUCACAGACUAUCUCAAGAAAUACCAGAAUACUAUAUGUGGGCGCUUCCCCAUAGGUGUACUACUAAAUGCUAUGAAUGCUAUUCAAAGGAAUGGAAAUGGAUUUAAAAUGUCUUUCAAGUUUGUCAAGUACGAGCAGUCGAGCAAGUGUAAAACCAUGCGCGAUUCGUCCGUUAGUUACGCCUCUGGUGCUCUGGUUAUACAGGAUUCAAAUCAUCAUUAAUGUAUGAUUAGGAGGAUGUAGCUGGAUCUUAGGAGCAUUUGCGAUGUACUAUGUACGACCUGUUGUGAGGAUAAUAGUGAUGACUUAUAUAUAUAUAUAUAAAUCAAGUUCAUAGCUAGAUAAUUAUAAAUGUGUAGUUGUGCUAAUUUUUGCAAGGCAUUUAUUUGUGUGAUUUUUCAAACACAUAACAGCUCUGAAAUACAUGUAAUAAAGGACCUAUCUGAUAGUUUUGCAUUUAUGGGGAAAUUAAACAAUUUUCCAAUAUUAGAGACAAGGUUUAUUGCUGAUGUCCAAUUGUCAUAGUUCCCAAUCUUAAAAGUAUCAAAUAGAUAUACUAAAAAUUACUCAUUCACUUCUGAAAUUGUAUCAUGAACUUUUCCAACCUUUGCAUUUGAAGAGUUCAAAUGUGUCUUGGGGGGNGAGUUAAUUGUCUAGGCUUUCACCCCUUAUGCAUCUAAUGGGUGUACUUAUUGACAAGACCAGUAUAAAAAUUGCAAAAAAGAAUUAAAUUGAUUGAAUAACAACGAAACACAAUCUAAAUUUAAAGUCUGUUUAACAAGCUGUACCUAACUCCUAUGUUACCUUUUUGGUGGUUCACAAAAUUAAACCCUUGCAAUUAUAUGCCAGGUACAAAUUUGUAAAUAUUGAUAUCCGCAAAAAUGAGCAGAUAUACAGCAGAUAUACAGAUAUACAGCAGAUAUACAGCAGAUAGCAUGAUGACUUAUACAUUAGAAAAGCUGUUUAUUGAUAAGGUCAAGUUGUUUUCUGUCCUGUAUCUUUAAUUCUGAGAUAUACAUUUUCAGAAUUUUGACAACUGAACUUAAUUAUUAGCUGGUGUGAGAACUGACACUGAAAGAAUGCUUAUUAAAGUUCGCCACUUGAGAAUAACAGGAGUGAACCUUGAUACUUGUGAUAACUAUAUAUGAAUUGUCCAGUUACUAAGGCUUAAACCUCUUGUGAUUGACUCUUACUCUGUUUGCACAAUUAUUUAAAUGGUAUUCGGUGUGGAUGGAAACUACUGCAAGGUUAUGGCUGAUGAUGAAUAUAUCCACCAGAUGUCAAGCUUCUGAAGCAAAGAUACUUGUGAUAGCUGACUAGUGUGAACAGAUGCUGGGGACCGACUUUCAGGUGGACCGACGCUGCAUUACCAAGUCUUGUGAUAAACAAUGAUGACCUACAAUGAAGGACAUCUGCGACCACCAAUACUACGAAGUGAUGUGUAGAUAUCGUGCUUUUCUUGAACUACUCAAUAAGCAAAGUUUAAACGAUCAGAUUGUGAUGGAUCUAAAUUCAACCAUAUUGACGAUGUGAUAGUAUCAUACCUUCAUACUUAAGACCCUUUAUACCUGUUAAAAAGAGAUUCACGAAUAGUUUUUAGUUGAAAAAGCAAGGUUUUUAAUAAUUUUGAGACAAUCUUAAUUGGCUUAUGCUGUAUGUUAGAGUUGCUAAUGGUCGUUGGUAAAAAGUUCAUGAAGAAGCGUCCAGAUAUAUGUGUGAACGAAACAAAAACAGGCGUAAUUUUGAAAUCAUGAUAUAAAUGAAAUUUGCUGAAAAGUAAACAUCUUUCAUAGAAACAAGGCCUAUGAAUAUGUAGGAGAAGAUAUAUUGGACCCCAUUAUCAAUUUUUUAAAAUUUUCCCCCCUCACUGCUUUCCUCAUAUUCGUGUAAUGAUUUUCGACACAACCACCAGUAUAUUGUGAAUGAAAAUGCCAUCCAAUACAUUAUGUCUUGAUAAGCUCAACGACAAAUAUUGAAGUAGAUACACUUGACUGCCGAAAAUGACCAACAACGCAGUGUUUUGUUGUCACAGACAUCUAUACUGUGAAAUCAGAUUUUUUUGUGGAGCCUAAAUUUGGUGGUUUCCAACAAAACUACAAUUUCGUUGGGACAUAAAUUUGUUGAUUACGAGUACCAACUCACAUGGAGAAUCGGUUUGAGUCAAAUUUAUAAUGAGUUUAUGGGCCUAUGUAUUCCUGGAUGAAGAUGAAAUCAACAAAAUUAAAAACCUCACGAAAAUUAGUGAUUUUACAGUAGAGUAUAUGCAUGUUACAAAGAGACUCUAUCAUUCUUUAUGUUCUAUAUUUAAUAUAGCUACUACAGACUUUUGUGAUCUGUGAUUCAUUAAUGACGUUUGUUGUUAUGGUGAGAUGUAUUGUUCAAGCUUUUUGUGAGAAACCUAAUGUGAUCCUAAAAAAUUAUAUAUAUAUAUAUAUUGAAAAUGUAAGAUGCUUCUCUCAUUCCUGUGCAUGUAUGACAACUAUCCCGGGUAAGAAACGAGUGUAAGAAAUGUCUUUCACUGAAUGUAAUGUGCGUGACAUCACAAUUUGACAAUCACACGAUGAAGUGAAAUCAGGAACGUUCUGAUGUCGCGAUAUGGAAGUUACAACGCGUAUCUGUGGUUUCUGUGAUUGGAAUGUUAGAGAAAAAUACUCUUUAGUGCCCAGGAGUGUAGGAUAGGGAAAUUCCACCCUGACGAACCUAAAAUUGGUGCAAAAACCUUUUGUAAGCCUUCGCCGCCCCCCCCCCAUCACUGUGAUUAUAAAAUUGUGAAAUUUUUUCUGAAAGAUUUCACAAAAAGAAACAUACUUAUUCUUACUUGCAUUCGCAUAAACAUUUAAAAAAAAUACAAGAAACAACUAUCACAGUUCAUCAAAUAGAAAGAUAUGUACUGAUUUUUUUUCUACCUUUUUUCUGUUUUAACCGAUGUAAGAAACAGCAUAAAAACCUGAUGGUAUGAUUCAGACUAGUUACAUGGCUUGGAUAAAGGACUUCUUUUGUUAAAUAAACUGUUAUAAUUAUAGACAUCUGCUUAUGCAAUGCCAUUUUUUAAUAUAAGAAAAUUGCAAAAAUUGGCUGCUGAAAGCUUUUGAUUACUUAAUUAAAUGAUAAUUUUAGCCAGUUACUUGUGAAAACUUAAUGAACUUUAGUAGUUCCUUUUGAUAUUUUGGCAGUCUGCCUCAGGAACAUCCAUAUUUGUGAUUCUUUUUUCGGUAUGGUAUAAAUAUAUGUGUGUAUUUUGCCAAGUAUGAUAUUACAUACAUGAUCUACCACAAUUUAGUUCAGAUGAAUAAUGCUAAUAAUGUCUUUUCUAAAGUGAAGUUAAGUUAGUCACUGUGACCUAUAUUUUGAUCUUUGACCUAAAUUAAAAUUACAAAAUAUGUGAGAUACAGCUUAUCCAAAGCCUUCCCCCACAUACUUUGACACGCUACAUAUGUAUCAUCAAACUUGAUAUGCUGAAUUCCUUAGGAAAACAGUGUCACCUAGGUCGGUUAUGAUCUUAACGUCCUGCAUUUCCUUGUUAAUGGAGUCAAUAUUUAAGCGAUGGGAGAUGUUCGAAACAUGUUGCAAUCUUGGUACCUUUGUUUUUUUGACAGUUAACAGAUUGCUGAAAAUGGCAGACAUAAACAGACAUAUUUUCGUGCACCAGUACAAAGUUAUAUAAUUACUCUUAACAAAAAUUAGCGCUAUAGCUUGUGUAUAACGUAUAGGAAUACAGCGAUUUUAUCAUAAUUUAGCGUUUUUCUAAUUAGCGAAAGAAGCAUUAAAAUAUUGUAACAGCAAAAGUACAGGAAAUUUAACAAUAACUCAGAGCAGCUUUGCAAGUACGUAAUAUUAGUGAAACGUUGUUCUUAGUUUAUUAUACUAAAGUAGAUCAAUGUUUAUAAUAAAGUAUAUCAUUGUUUAUACCAAAGUAUAUCAUUGUUUAUACUAAAGUAUAUCAUUGUUUAUACUAAAGUAGAUCAUUGUUAAUACUAAAGUAUAUCAUUGUUUAUACCAAAGUAUAUCAUUGUUUAUACUAAAGUAUAUCAUUGUUUAUACUAAAGUAUAUCAUUGUUUAUACAAAAGUCUAUCAUUGUUUAUACUAAAGUAGAUCAUUGAUUAUACUAAAGUAUAUCAUUGUUUAUACCAAAGUAUUUCAUUGUUUAUAAUAAAGUAUAUCAUUGUUUAUA